UUUCAUUUCUUUAAUAUUUGUUUUCAAAUUUAAAAAAAAUAUGGAAUUUUUUAAUGUAAAGAAUUUGAUUUAAUUGCAAAUGAAGCUUUUUUUUAUUUAUAUAUAUAAGCACGUAUAGUAUGAAUAUACUAUUGAGUACCUAGUAUGAAGAAAUUCUUCCGUUUUUUGGUUGUUUUCCUAAACAUUUUCAAAGUGAAAAGUGAUAUAGUAUAUGUUGGACACACAAAAAGUGAAUUGAUUGUUCAAUCCUCAUUGCAAGAGUUACAAAUAUUUGAAAGUGUUUUUCAAAAUGGAGUUACACAAGAUGAUGAUAACAGUUUGAUUCUACAAUCUCAAGGGUUGUAUUUGUUAUCAUGUAUUCUUCUUAUUGAGAUCCGACAGUAUAACAACAUAAUAAAAGUAUUAGCAAAUUUGAACGAAGGUGUUUCAGAUAACUCAUUACAAUCAUGGUCAACUGAACAGACUGGAUUAACAAGCAUUAAAGUGAAUGGGUUAUUUCGAGCUAAUAAAAAUGAUACUCUGCGAGUGUAUAUAGAAUCUACAAAUGGUAACAUAGUGGUCAAAUCACACAGUCAGCUAAAUUUAGUAUUACUUUCUACUUAUGAUAUUCGACAGUUUGUGUCAGCCAGUUUGCUCAAUGACGUUUUUGUUGAAAAAAAAGCUAUACGGUUUCCCUGGACAAGUAUAAACAUAUUUAGUUCAUUUAUAACCACUAAUCUGUUUAAUAGGCAAGGUGGUGGAUUUGUUGCUGAAAAACAGGGUAUCUAUAUUGUUUUAGGGAACUUUAUUUUCAACAACAAGCAAGAUUAUACUUGCACAACAUCUGUUAUCAUAUUUAAAAAUAGUAAUGAAGUUCUUAUUGAAUCUACCAUGAUGGCUUCAGCAUUUUACUUUACAAUAAACAUUGCACGAAGUAUUGCAUUAGAAAAAGGUGAUAGAGUUUGGUUAAAUGUUACAUCAUCUUGCUUGAAACUUGUGUUAUCUAAUAGUACAACAUAUGGUAUUGGUUACUUGAACCAAAAAGAAGGUCUUUCAGUUUCAUUGUACAAAAUAGAAUCUUAUAUUGGUAAAGAUAACUGGAAUUUGUUAGACUUGUUUAAUUAUGGCAAUAAUAAAAAUAGUGGUUUCUCAAACAGAAAUGUCCAUCAUGCUUCAAACUUUGUCUCUUUUAAAGAAGCAGGUUUGGUUUUAGUAACAAUUAAUUUAAUUGUAAAAGCUCCUUUUAAUACAACAAUAAAGUUAGCAGUAACAAAAAAUGUUGAAGCAAUGACUCUUAAUCAAAAGGAUUACUUUGGUGAGACAUUUUCAUUAGUAACCCAAUCUUUUUCUUCAACUUCUCAACAAACAAUUAGUUUUGUAUCUCUUCUUGAAGUUGCACAAAAUGAUAACUUGAGGUUAAAUAUUUAUUCUUCGACUAGUGAGCAAUGGUUCGUUUUAUCUAAUAGUACUGUUAGCUUAGUUUUGAUUUAUUCAAACAGAAUUCCACAGGUUCCAGAGUUAAAAUUGAUUACAACAUCAUUGGAUUGGAAACUCCUUUCUUGUAUAAAAGAUGAUCCCUAUGAAGAGUUAAUAUAUAUAAAUAAGGGUCUGUUUAAUACACAUCAAAGUAAGGUUUUCUUUGUUAGUAUUUUUGUGCUAGUUACAGAUAAUUUGCUUGAAGAUGAAGUUAAAGUUGCCUUGAUAUACAAUGAAGCUGUUUAUGAAAAACAAAAGAUUCUUUUGGUUAGUGAAGUCCAUAAUGUAAAUUCGAAAACAAUAUUUAAAUUGUUUAGCACGUUAGUGAUAAAUAUUGGACAGAAUGUUGGGAUAUUCAUACAGUCUUCAAAGUUGUUAAACUUAAAGGUAAGUUGUUCUAUCUCCUUUUCACCUUUAGGGAGUAUGGAAAAUGUUAUAGGAUUUCAAGCAAGUCUUGAUAAUCCAAAUUUUGGUCAAAAUAGUAUUGAGGUAGCGAGAUUCUAUGACUCAAGUCAGUCAGAAUUUUCUCGAGAUUAUCAUUAUAACAAUAAUAAUUUUUUCUCUUACGGUGAAGGUUUAUUUAAAGCUCCAGUUACUGGAAUUUAUUUAAUAUCUGCCAUUAUAAUAGUUAAAGACCUGAUUGCCUAUGAUACGCAAUCAGCAUAUGUUACAGCAUGCUUAAAUGUCAAUAAUAAACAUUCAAUUUAUUGUACCAAACGAUUAGUUGCCUCUUUUAAAUCAAGGGUAAAGAGAUCUUUUACGUUAUCUCUAGUUGGUCCAAUAAAGCUUUCUAAAGAAGACAAAACUAACUUAGUGGUUUAUUCAAAUUUUUCUGGAAGUUUACAUGUUGCGAAGUUUUCGAGUUUUUCAAUAGUGUUAAUUAAUGAUAUUGAUGAUAAUUCAGCCAAAGGAUUUUUAGUAAAUAUUCCUAAAAUCAUUGUGCGCAAGACUGAAAACCAGUUAAAUUUGAUAAAUGGUUGGAGUUCAGAAUGUCCAUCUAGUGGUUGUUUUGAAUGCAUAUCAAAAGAUAAUCCCGUGAUUUUGAAUUUAGAGAAAGUAGUUGUUCAUUAUGGUGGAACUUAUGUUUUAUCAUUGCAAAUUCACCUUAAGAAUAAAGUUGCCUUAGAAAGUUAUCAACUUGUUAUAAAAUUUGAUGAACUGAUUCUUGUUUGUGAUGAAACAGCAGAAAUGUACAAUGAAGUAAGUUUGAGUUGUUUAUUUGUACUUUUAAUGAAAAAAGAAGACGAGUUUAGUGUUUUAAUAAGAAGUAGAGCAGAUGUUACAGACCAGAAUUUUUUUACUGAUAAGUUUGAUAUUCUUGAGAAAGGUUAUUUGUCAAUAUAUUUGUUACAUGAUGAAAAGUCUUUUCAAGCUUCAUCAUUUUUUCUUAAGUUGAAUCCCAAUAAUCUGGAGUUUUCCGAUUCUCUAGAAACACUAAAACCAUGGCAACAGGAAACAUCUUCAUAUUACUGUCUUACAUGUGGUUAUUCUGCAUCAAGCGGUGUUUUAACAGCACAGUCUUCAGGUUGCUAUUUUAUUUCAAUGGAAGUCACAUUCAAAAGGUCUUUAGGUGAUGUCAACUUAUCCAUUCACUGGUUUCCAAUAAUUAAAGAUGAAAUUAAUGUUUUUACUGCUGUUUCUAGUGUGAGCACAUCACAUAUAUUAAAACUUCAUGUUGUUGGUUUUAUUACUAUGGAUAAAAAUACCCAGUUGUCAUCUUCGUUCCACACCUCUAGUUUUGGAUUGCUUGUACCACGUGGAACAAUUUUUUCAUACACUAGAGUAUCAAACUAUCCAUUGGAAACUUGUGAAACAUAUAUAAAGUUAUCAGCAUUUAUUUCAACACUAAAAGAACACAGUAUUAUUACAGAAUGGGUACCUUACAGUUCAAGAUCUCUAAAGGCUGAUAAUUUUCCACUUCACAGAAGUGGAGUGUAUUUUCUUUCUGCUAACCUGAUAACACUCUCUUCUUCGGGAACAAGAAUUUCUUUUGGAGUGUUAAACAAACUUAACACACUUUUUUUGGCUACUUACUACAGUGUACCAGACACAACUUUCACGUUUUUGCUUGCCGGAGUUGUUUUAGUUAAAACUUCGAAGGUAGUUUUAUCAAUUUAUAUGUCAUCUAAUAAUACUGCAACAAUUCAAUCUCAGACAACUCUGUCUUUGGCUUACAUAGGAGGUAUAAAAUCUCCAGCAAUAUUGCUUACUGUAAAAUCGCCAGAAAGUCAUCACUGGAUUGCCUUUAAAUGGGUUUUGAUAACUGCAUUUGAAGAAGAACAUGUUUCAGGUUUCUUUUAUAAAAAUAAAGUUGUUGUACCUAAAGUUACUGGUUUGUACCUCAUAUCAGCGCAUGUCAUUGUCUCUGUUUUAAUGCCAGUUCAAUUAACAUUUGGAAUCUUUGUUAACGAUGAAUUAACUGUAACUGAUUUAAAACAACUAAUAAGUGUAGAUACAUUAACAGUAUCAAGAAGCAUGUAUUUACGGAAAGGGUCUGUUGUGUCAAUCAUGAUGUACAGCAAUUCAGAAACAAAGUAUCAAGUGGAGACAAGAAGUUCUUUUUCAAUGGUUCUUGUUGAGCAACUUGGAUCAGACAUCAUUCAAAUGCCUCCUGUUAUUACUAGUGAACUUCAUCUUGGAAGUUAUUUAGAAUUAGCUGUUGGUAUGGAGUGUAAUUUAGAGUGUAAUACUGUAUCUAACACUGCAGAAACUUUUACUUGGUACAAAGAUAAUCAGGAAAUUACUGGUCACAAUGAAAAAAUUUUGAAAAAUUGUUUGUUGGGAAGUGGAUUUUAUCAAUGUCAAGCAAAAACUGAUAAUAUUGGGCCAGUUUCAAUUGCAACUGAAGUUCUUAUUAAUGAAGUCAAUGAAUGUGAAGAUAAAGAAAACUGCAAAGGAGCCAACAUGACAUGUAUUGAUACACCUUUAUCCUAUAAAUGUGAUUGUUUAUAUGAUCUGAAGUAUUAUGGUGGCCAGUGUGUCGAAAAUGUAACAGUUCAAACAAAGUCGCGUGAACAUCAAGCGAGUUCUAUCCCAGUUACAUUGUUUGUAAUGGUACCUGCAGCAGUUUUGAUAACUAUUUUAAUACUCAUAUGCUCAGUUUUUCUGUGCUUAAAAUGGAAGAAAUCAAGAGAAGAUCGUUCAGACAUGGAAUUCCUUCAAUUAGACUUGACUGAAGAAGCUAUUCCGAUGCAAAGUUUAAACGUUUCUCAAGUUUUAGAAAGUCCAGAUAUUGAUAAAACCAGCACUGGUACAAGUAUUUCGUACUCUCUUGCUAUAAGUUUAUCAGCAAAUGACGAAGAUGAGGCAGAAGGCUUUGAAGAAUUAAAAUGGAGAAAACUUUCUGAUGCAAGUACUUUUGUAUAGUUUUAUCAUGUAAAUAAAGUGUACUAAGCCUUGCCAAUAUAAUUUUGUUUUCGACCGUUAUAAUCAAUUGCUUUCAAAGUUGUAUUUAAGAAUUAUAUUUUAUAUUUUUGAAUUGUAAUUUUGGCAAUAUUUUCUACUUGCUUGAUUUAUGUGUUUUAAAAUAUCUAUAGAUUUCAUACUUAAA